GAUUGACACGCAGAAUCGCUCGUACCGAUCUCGUCGUCGACACGCGAGCACCAACAAACGAGGCCUGCCUCGACAGACACGAUGGCUUCGCAAGUCCGCUACUAUAGCAUCCCCAACUUCCGGUUCCAGGACGGCACGGCCCUGCCCGUCGCCAGGAUCGCGUAUCUCUACAUCAACUCGUCCGCGUCCAAGCUCGCCCUGAUCCCGACCUGCUUCAAGGGCACCUUCCAUACGACGCUCAACUUCUGCACUGGCGCCCUGCGCGACCACCGCAUCAUCGUCGCCGCACAGUUUGGCAACGGCGAGUCCUCGAGCCCGUCAAACACCACCACCUCCUCCUCACCCACCACCGACAAUAACAACAACGACAACAACGACAAUGCCUCCCCCUUCCCAGCCAAAAUCGACUACCGCGACAGCGUGGCCGCCCAGCACGCCCUCCUCACGCAACACCUCGGCAUCACCACGCCCAUCGACGUGGUUCUCGGCUUCUCGUUGGCCGGGCAGUGCACGUACUACUGGGCCGCGACGCACCCGUCCCUAGUCCAGCGCGCCGUGGUCAUCUGCUCGUCCGCCCGCACGAGUGGACAUAACCGGCAGUUCCUCGAGGGCCCGGCCGCGGCGCUCGAGAACGCCAUCGACUUUGCAGGGAGGAAGCAGGUCGCGCCGGCGGGCCUGGCGAGGGGGCGACUCGAAUGCCCGAGGGGCGUGCGCGCUUUCGCCAAGGCGUACUCGGCGUGGCUGACGAGCGCGGAGUGGUACGACCUGGAGAAGUGGCGCGAGCUGAGGUACGAGUCGCUCGCCGCGUAUGAUGAGGAUGCCACGGGGCCCAGGUAUAAGGGGAGCUUCCCGGAUGACCUGUUGGCGAUGUUGAGGGCGUGGCAGGGUGGUGAUGUUAGGUCGGCGAAGGCGAGGCUGCCGCUGGAGGAUGUGCUGGGGCGGAUCGAGACGCCGAUAUUGCUCAUGCCGUGCAGGACGGACCAGUACUUCCGCUGGGAGGCGAGCGAGCGCGAGGCGGCGAUGCUCAAGAAUGCGGGGCUCGAGGUGAUCCCGUCGGUCUGGGGCCACGUUGCCGGCGGUGGUAUGGACCCCGAAGCCAAGGCAUGGAUGGAUGGCAAGAUCGCAAAGUUUGUCGAAGAGAGCUAG